AUGUUCAUCCUCCUUUACAUUGUCCUCCUGGCUCUUGUUGUGGGAGAAACGCCUGUGGAGGUCAAUUUCCUAGGCAUUUCCUUUCCCAUACCCAAGAUUGGUGAUUACAAGUGCCAGCACACCUCAGUGCUAGGGACGCAUAACUACACUAGCAUUGAGCGUCCUGAAGGAUUUCGAGGGUAUUACUUCUAUACUCCCCCAACACAAGUUCGUGCUCUCGUUCUCAAUCUGCAUCACCUCAGCGGGGACUGUGAACAGUUCCGUCGACAGAGUUGCAUCGUCACUGGUGCGGACAAGAAUGGUUGGUUGGUUGUGACUCCGUGCGGCCUCCCGGGGCUUUUCGGGCUCAACUCAUGGAACGCUGGUACUUGCUGUCAGCCCAAUCAGAAAGUAGAUGACUAUGCCUUCAUGGAGGAUAUCAUUGCUCGUCUCCGCCCUUCGGUCGACAUCCCGGUCUAUGCAGCUGGCUACAGCAACGGUGCUAUGCUCGCUGAGGCGUUGAUGUGUAGGAACAUUGUCACGAGAGCAGUUUCAGUGAGUGGAGUGAUCACGGGUGGGGAAAAGGCGCUUGAGGCAUGCAGGUCGUCGUAUAAACGGUCCGAUAAUGCACGCAUGGGGCACGUGCAUGGUACAUCCGACUUGGCCGUUCCCUAUUAUCGAGGACUUACCUCAUAUCUGUUCGACUUUCCCUCCAUCCCUGAUAAUAUGAAUACGUGGGCGGCUAAUCUGGGCUGCCAUGGUACUAAGCAGACAUCUCACGGGCCAUUCGACUUCAUCGAAUGGAGUGACUGUGAAAAUGGUGGUAAUGUCACACUGGUCCGCAAUAACAUUGGCCACGGAGGCCAUCUUUGGUGGGAGCUAGACGAUUUUAGCACUUCCAACUUUGCCAUAGGCAUGCUCGAAGAUUGA